AUGAGUAGUCAACCAAAUCAAACUUUCAAUAAUCUUCUUAUUGGUUCUGAUUGCAUUUCUAUUCAUUCUCAUCCAAUUAAAAAUAAAAUAUUAUGUGCAGAGAAAGACUUUGAACCAGGAGAUAUUAUAUUUCAAGAGAUUGCCGUUACCGCAAUUAAAUUAAGUAAUGCUAACAACAAUGAUAUUCAUCACUCUGAAUCUACUAUUUUCUCAGCAAUAAUUGAAUCAUUACCUAUUGUUCCUCUUGCGCGUAAUUUAAUCUAUGCUGCCAUCCACUUAACUUCAUUACAUUCAUCCAAAUUAGAUUUAAUUAAAUGUCAACACGGUAAUCCACUAGAUAAAUACUUGUAUUUUGCACCUGAAGGUCAAGCUAUUGCAGCUCUUACACAUUAUUAUUUUGAGAUUAAGAAAGAAUUAAGCAUAUCUGAUUUAUUUUCUUGUUCUACUAUACUUGAUUUAUUAGCGAUUUGGAUGACAAAUUAUAGUACAGCAGGGUCACAGUAUCAUGCUAUUUAUUAUUAUUGGUCACGUAUGAAUCACGAUUGUAAACCAAAUACACAUCAUGGUACGACAGGUUUUACUACAGUUGAUAAUCAAACAAUGCCAAUUCGUACCGUUCGAGCAAUACAAAAAAUUCAUAAAGGAGAUGAACUAACUAUAUCAUACUUAGUUGGAGAAACAAAUUUUCAAUCAACACAGAUGAGAAAAGAUUACUUAUCACUGCAUUAUCAAUUUACGUGUUCGUGUAGUCGUUGUUCUACAGAAAAUGAAAUCAUUUCUGAUGCUUUGAUAUAUCAAUAUAAAACAUUGGAAUAUCAAAUUCACAAUAAUUAUCAACAGAUUUCAUUGAAUGAUUUAUUGACAUUCAAAUCAAAAUUAUCAUUGAAUAAUUGGUUAUAUUAUUCAAUUUCUCAACUCAUCUGUACUGUAGCCGCUGAUUCUUCAGUAGAUUUCGAUAAUAAUCAUUAUCGUACUGCAGUUAUUGAAUGUGCACUACAAUGUGUUAAACAUUUAAGAAACAUAUAUUUACAAUCUCCUGAUGCACCGACUAAUGAAUAUUAUUCUAUUUUUCUCGCUGAUAAAUAUGAACAAUUAGCUGAUUUUCUUCCUCCAAGUGAUUCACAGAAAAUAAGCAGUUAUAAAGAAGCCAUCAAAAUUCGAAAAAUUUGUCAAGGUAAAUCAAAGAAAAUCGACAAUUUGAAUGAGGAAAUUAGUCAAGUAAAGAAAACUGCUUCUGCCAAUUAA